CUUGACGCUAUAAGCCCUUGAGAAGGGGCCUUGGAAACCCUUUUCACGAAGAUGGCGCCGAAGGCAAAGAAGGAAGCCCCCGCCCCUCCCAAAGCCGAGGCCAAGGCAAAAGCGUUGAAGGCCAAGAAAGCAGUAUUGAAAGGCGUCCACAGCCAUAAGAAAAAGAAGAUCCGCACUUCACCCACAUUUCGGAGGCCCAAGACACUGCGACUCCGAAGGCAACCCAAAUACCCGCGGAAGAGCGCUCCCAGGAGAAACAAGCUUGACCAUUAUGCCAUCAUCAAGUUCCCGCUUACCACUGAGUCAGCGAUGAAAAAAAUAGAAGACAACAACACACUUGUGUUCAUUGUGGAUGUCAAGGCCAACAAGCACCAGAUUAAACAGGCUGUGAAGAAGCUCUAUGACAUUGAUGUGGCCAAGGUCAAUACCCUGAUCCGACCUGAUGGAGAGAAGAAGGCAUAUGUCCGACUGGCUCCUGACUAUGAUGCUUUGGAUGUUGCCAACAAAAUUGGGAUCAUCUAAACUGACUCCAGCUGGCUAAUUCUAAAUACAGUUUUUUCACCAUAAA